AUGGCGGCCCCAAAGAUGACCAAGAAUCAAAUGCGCCGCGCAAAGAAGAAGGAGCAGAAGAAGGCACAGGCAGAGGUAAGCGCGCACGGCGAGAUUCGGACCUCUGCGAUCGGAUCUGAGACCAACGGAGACGAGGCUCCAGCAGCAGCAGCCGACGCCGUGGAAGUCAAAAAGGACCCAGACGUCAAAGAGGAGGCAGCUUCAGACGCGCUCGUCAGCUUCAAAGUCGACGACGACGAUCCGGCGUUUGCAGAAUACAAGAACAUAUUUCAGAGGUUUGGCGCGGACCUGGAGGACGACGAGGUUCAGCGGGAGGCAAAUGCCGGCAACCAGGGCUUCACGUUCUUCGACCAGGACGAUGACAUACCGAGCGAGGACGAGGAGAAUGGGCAGCCCAAGAUGUCCAAAAAGAAGAGGAAGAAGCUGAACAAGCUUUCGAUCGCGGAACUCAAGGCCCUGGUGAGAAAUCCCGAGGUUGUUGAGUGGCAGGAUCCCUCAUCUACCGACCCGCGGCUGUUGGUCCAGAUCAAAGCACAGCGGAACGUGGUCCCCGUCCCCGGCCACUGGUCCCUGAAGAGAGAAUACCUGUCGUCCAAGCGAGGUAUCGAGAAGCCGCCGUUCAAGCUUCCCAAGUUUAUCACGGACACGGGCAUCACGGAGAUGCGGGAUGCCGUCCUGGAGAAGCAAGCCGAGCAGACAAUGAAGCAGAAGCAGAGGGAGCGGGUGCAAGGCAAGAUGGGGAAGCUCGACAUCGACUACCAGAAGCUCUACGACGCCUUCUUCCGCUUUCAGACGAAGCCCGACCUGACCCGCUUCGGAGAGCUCUAUCACGAGGGCAAGGAGUGGGAGGCAGACUACAGAUACUUCAAGCCCGGGGAGGUGAGCGACUCACUACGAGAGGCCCUAGGGAUGCAGCCUGGCUUCCCACCGCCAUGGCUAUUGCAACAGCAGCGCGUGGGUCCCCCACCAUCCUAUCCUCUGCUGAAAAUCCCUGGCCUUAACGCACCACUGCCGCCUGGUGCCUCUUGGGGAUUCGGGCCUGGGCAGUGGGGUAAGCCGCCGGUAGAUGAGUACAACCGGCCCAUCUACGGUGGUGACAUAUUCGGCGUCACGGCGGGCAAUCCGGCGGCCCAGACACAAUUACAAGCAGCACAACCCCAGGCAGAGCCUAUUGAUCGGGCGCUUUGGGGAGAGCUGAAGCCGCCAGAGGAGUCUGAGGAGGAAGAAUCUGACGAGGAGGAGGAGGAUGAGGAUGAGGAAGAGGAUGCUGAUGUUCCUGGUGGCCUGCAGACACCCGGAGGUUUGGAGACACCUGGUGGCCUCGUCAGCUCCGUGCCGACGGACUAUCACGGUCCUAGCGGUGUCGAGAGCAGUAUGGCAGGCGAGUUUGACCUCAGAAAGCAGCGCCGGGGCUAUGAGACCGAGGAGAGUGUGGCAGGGCCGCGUUCUGCUUACCAGGUCAUUCCCGAGAGGCAAUCCCGUGCAGAGGGCUUCUUUGGCAGUGACAGGGUGUACGACCUGUCCAAGAACAGGGGUGGCGUGCCUGUGCUUGGACAGGAAGACGACAGCCGCAAACGAAAGAAGCCGGGCGAUGUUGAUGUCGCCCUCGACCCUGAGGCCCUGGCGAGUCAUGACGGCAUCAGCAAGGACGAACUGCGCAAGAGGUUCGAGGAGGGUCGGAAGGAAGAGGGAAUCGGCAAGAAUUGGCAGUCGUAUGACGACGACCUUUCUGAGAUGAUAGCCCAAGAAAGUCGGAAGAGGAUCAAGCGGGAUGAGGAGAGACGGUCUGGGGGCGACAAGAAGAAGGAAGCCAAGUACAGAUUCUAGGUAACCCGCCGGCGCUUCAGUCAUAGGCUACGUUUCAAUGCACAAUAUAAAAUUGCUCUCGACC